AUGGCCAUCGCCCUUGCCGAUCUGGUCGGUCACCGCCACGUGGUCGACGAACCGCCUGGUCAGCACGUCCAUGCGCUCGAUCAGCGCGAGUGGGAUAUUGUUGAGGUCGGUCGCGCCGCCGAGGUUCGCGGUGCGAUACGCGCGCCGUCGAGCAGGACGAGGUUGCGGUUGACGCCGAGGCCGCGCAGGUUGACGAACGACGCGCCACCAUUGCCGUUAUUGACCUGCGAACCGAUCAGGGGGACCGCACCCGCAAUUCGCGCAGGAUUUGCUCGGCGACGUUUACCUGACGAAGGCGGAUUUCCUCCCCGGCUGACGACGGUGACCGCUGGUCGCCACGAUGUUCGGUUACGAAUCAGCGUACCGGUGACGACGACGUCGCCGGUCUGGGUGGCUGGAGAGGUCGAUCGCUCGUCUGGACGCCGGGUUCUUGGGCGGCCGGGCCGCUACGGGUGCGUUGCCCGUCUGAUCGAUGGUCUGUGCAAAGGCGGGUGCCGCCCCGAAGACCACCCAGCCCAAGCCGUCGCGCCAGCGCCUGACAAACCUGUUUGCCCCGGCGGGAGCAGUGGCCGACAAGCCGAUCUGUUGACGGAUCGUGGAAACGGGUUCGUUCGUCAAAGGGCGCAAAAUCUGCAUGUCACGCGAACAAUGUGGGCGCGUAGCAACCAGAGCACGUGCCGCGGCUCAACAGGUGGUUUUCUGAUUGGCACCGGAGGCGCAGGACAAUGA